GGUGUUGCCAAGUUGAACUGUUAAAAUUAGUCUCUACUUUCAGUCCGUACUUAUUUUGCACGACGAGUGGCGACCCAGUUGGUUUCUUCUUUAAACUAUUUUCUUUUCUUUUUAGAUUCUAAAUGCCUCUCUUUUCACCUUCAAAUUUAGUUUUCUUCAUCAUCAUCAUUAGCUAGUAGAUCCACAAAUUCUUGCUUUACAUUAAUUACUUCACUUCACUGACUGCACUUCACUCUCUCUUUCUCUUUCUAUCUUUCUUCUUCCAUUCAUCAAUCUUUUGAAACUUCGAAGAAGAAGACAGUUACUUCAUUGUUUUGCUUUCAUUAAAUUUGUGUACUCAGUCUUCUUCUUAUCCUUUAUCACUUCUCUAGGUCCUCUCAUUCAACUGCUAUCUUUUUUUCUGACUUGACGAAUUUAAUCCGUUUCCGGAUUUAUUAAUUUAUUAAUCUUUCUGGUUAUCUUCUUCUGCUUUCUCAGCCAACUAACAAACCUCAAAUGCAAUGAUUUUGGAUUUCUCAAUAUAAACCAUCAUGUUUCGCCAUUAAUUGUAUCUGAGUCCCCACCUUUACUCUUUUAAAAAAUUUUAGAUUUUGUUCUUUAUUUUUUAAAAUUUUUUGGAGGGCAAAGCAAUGAGUAAGACCACAUCUCCACAGAAAGGAGACACAAUGGCCCACUUGUGUAUCUUCAAAAAAUUCAAGCGUUUCAACCCUCUGGAGCCAUCUUUUGCCAUUCUGGGCUUCAUCUUUGUGGCUUCUCUCUUCAUUGGCUGUUUCUUUUACUUGGAUUACCGGACGGUCACUCGCGAGGCUUCCUGGCUGGGAUUAAUCCGCCCAUUUUCUUCAUCAGAAGUAACAGCAGCUGCAACCAGUGAGAAGGAACGGCCUGGAUUUCUUGAUGAAGGUGGUGAAGGGUGUGAUUUGUUUAAUGGAAACUGGGUUUGGGAUGAUAACUAUCCACUGUAUCAAAGCACGGAUUGUUUGUUCAUCGAUGAAGGAUUUCGUUGUUUAGAAAAUGGUAGACCUGAUAAUUUCUUCACCAAGUGGCGUUGGCAGCCUAAAGAUUGCAGCUUGCCCAGAUUUGAUGCAAGGUAUAUGCUGGAAAAGCUCCGAAAUCGCAGAAUAGUUUUUGUUGGUGAUUCAGUAGGGAGGAACCAGUGGGAGUCUCUGCUUUGCAUGCUUGCAUCUGCCGUUUCCAACAAGUCUUCUAUCCAUGAGGUGAAUGGGGAACCAAUCACAAAGCACAGAGGGUUUUUGGUGUUCAGGUUCAAGGACUACAACUGCACAGUUGAAUAUUACAGGGCUCCGUUUCUAGUGGUUCAGGGACGGCCGCCUGCUGGAGCUCCAAAAGAGGUGAAGACGACAUUGAAAGUUGAUCUAUUGGACUGGACUUCGAGUCGGUGGAGAGAUGCAGAUAUGCUUGUUUUUAACACUGGGCACUGGUGGAAUAUUGAGAAGACUAUAAAACAGGGUUGUUACUUUGAAGAAGGGGCAAAAGUGAAUAUGGAGAUGAGUGUUGAAACUGCAUUUCAGAGAUCCAUGGAGACAUUGCUUGAUUGGAUAGGCGGUCAAGUAAACAUAAGCAAGACCCAAGUUCUCUUUCGUACUUUUGCUCCUGUGCAUUUCAGAAACGGUGAGUGGAAUUCUGGUGGCGGCUGUCACUUGGAAAAGUUCCCUGACUUGGGGCCAUUGCCUACUUCACCUGAAUCACAUUUUGAAAUAGCAACCAGUGUGUUGUUAAAGCAGUUGAAUCAGUCCCAAGUGAAGAAGUUGGAUUUGUUGAACGUGACAAACAUGACUUCUCGAAGGAAAGAUGGGCAUGCCUCUUUGUACUACUUAGGACCCAAGACUGGUCCAGCACCUCUCCACCGGCAAGACUGCAGCCACUGGUGCUUGCCUGGCGUCCCUGAUUCGUGGAAUGAACUUCUUUAUGCACUGUUUCUGAGACGGCAGAGUUUUGGUGUACAGAAUUCAACAGAACCUCUUCAGUCAUGAUGUUAUAGAACACAUAAACACGCUGUAUGAUCUUGGGAAAGCGCAAGAUCACAGGGAAUUUAACAGUUGAUAAUAGUCUACUUGUAAAUUGUAUGUACAUGAAAAAUUCUAGAUAUUUAAUGCAAAAUUUUUACUUUUCUUUUCCA